AUGGUGCUCCGCAAGCACGAAUUAGAGGGGAAGCUGGGCGAGGAGAGCGCAAUGAUCAAGAGCGGCGUGUUGCGCGACGAGAACCCUCUCGACCAGAGCGACGAGUUUAACGAAUUCCUGCUGGCCUGUAGACACGGCGAUUUGCGCAAGUGCCAGGAACUCAUCAGCCAGGGAGUCAACAUCAAUGGCAAAGACCGAUUUGACUAUACGCCACUCAUUAUUUAUGACUUCUCCAAGUCUUCCGACCCCUACGUCUACUGGUCCACCCAUAUAUCCGGACUCCUCAACCGCUCCACCCCAACUACAUCAGACAUCUCCCUGACCUCGGACUCGCACACCUUCAACCUGCACAAGUUUCUCCUGGCCUCAAGGACACCCUACUUCCGCAAGAAGCUGGAAGCACAGCCCGAAACCCCAUCAUGGAACCUUGCCAACACCAUCCCCGUGGAGGCCAUCCAGAUCGUCCUCCGCUACCUAUACCUCGGCGACUUGCCCAGGGAUCUGGUGCCGGCCGGCAGUUCCAUCUCGGAGGAAGACGUCGUCAGGGGCCUGGAUAAGAUCAGCAAGCAGCUUGAAGUCGAGCACCUCUGGGAGGCCAUCCUGGCGGGCAACGACCGCCGCCUGGCGAGACAGCGGUACCAAGACGAGGAGGAGCGCGCGCUCAAGCAAAUCGGCGACUUUUUCGCCUCCAAGGUCCUGGGGAGCAAAAUGGUAGUCGAUACCGAGCGCGUCAACGACGUCAAGUGGAAAUACGACAACCCCGCGUUUGCAGACGUGCUCCUCCGCGCGGACGAGACGUACGACGAAGAUUCCCAGGACACCCCCGUGCUCAACGGCCAGGGCAUCCCCAUCGGCACCGGCAGGCGGCCUCGCAAAUCCGCCCUCUACCCCGUCCACAAAGCCAUGCUCAUUCGCAGCGGGUACUUUGACAGGAUGUUCUCGGGGGACUUUGUCGAGUCCCACCGCUCCGAAAACCUGCACGUCGUCACCGUGGACUGCACCCCCCCGGUCCUCGAACUUGUCCUCACGUUCCUGUACACCGAAAACACCACGUGUCCGCUCGAGCACGCACUGGACCUGCUGUACACGGCAGACAUGCUCUUCCUAGAUGCGCUGAAGAGCAAAGCCGCGCAGGCCAUCAGCACCCUGGGCAGCGGCACGUCCAGCGUCCUCGUCGACCGCACCCACAAGCACGCCCAUGGCCUGGCGAACGGCACCAAGCACGCGGAGCAACAAGCGGAGCUGGUGGAAAUGGAGCCCAUAAACAUUUACGACGUCAUCCACGCAGCUUGGGAUCUCCGCGUGCAGAGGCUGGAAGAAUUCGCGGCGCGCUACUUGGCCACCAGGUUGGAGGACUACAUUGACGAUCCCGAUUUCCAGGAACUUAUCCGUGAGAGCGCGGAGCGAAUCCAGCGUCGCGAGGAGACGGAUACGAUUGAAUUGCUAGAUGAUAUACGAUAUUACUUGUCAGAACGAUUUAGAUUACGCUUCGAGGAUGCCGGGCUGGAUGACAUGAUGGGUGAGGAUGGGGAGAUUGACGCCGGGGCGGCGGUGUCGUUGGCAGAACAAGGGGACGUCAUGGUGAAUGGGCAUGCUGUACAGAACGGAGUUGGGGGAGACGGUGUUGUGAAGACUUUGGAUGGCGAGAUGGCCGAGGACGAGUUUGCAUCGGAUGCGAUCAACUAUCAGAUUUUGCUAGGGAAGAUCGAUGCCAUGUUAGAGCGGCUGAAGUUGGAUGCGUAA